UUUCACUUAGUAACUUAGUCGGUUGAGCAACACUUUCGAUACCAGUCGUCAAAUCGCUGAGCUAUACAUUACCCAAACAUUCAACAGCGACUUAGAAAAUGAAUUUGGCGGAAUUUUUCCUGGGAUCCAUUCCCGUACUACUCCAAUUUUAUGUGGACAUGUACCGGGAAACGGAUUUAAAAAGUACGAUGGUCGAAUUGGACAGUGAAAUGAACGUUCCGUUCGUCAAGAAAUACGAUUUCAUUAUCGUUGGAGGUGGAUCUGCUGGAUGUGUCUUAGCCGGAAGAUUGUCGGAGCAUUACAGUGUACUAUUGUUGGAAGCAGGAGGCUCUCCUCCUCCCGCAACCUACGUUCCAUACUUUACGGGUGAUGUCGGACGCGAUCCUUCGAUCAACUACUUUUUUAACUCGGUUCCACAAGCCAAUGCUGCGUUGUGUUGCAGUGGGGUCACAACCACUCACACUGGUCGCAUGUUAGGUGGUUCAGGAAGCCAUAACGACAUGGUGCAUUCGAGAGGAAGUCCCCGGGACUUUGACAAUUGGGCAACGUUACUGAACGAUGACAGUUUCAACUACACAAAUGUGCUCAAGUACUUCAAGAGAAUGGAAACUUUUGUUGGCCGGAAGUAUGGCAGUGAUAGUGACGAUUAUUACGGUAACGAUGGUCCAAUUGAAGUAUAUACCAAUGAGCUUCCUGUCCUUGAGCUGUGGCUAGAAGCAGCUAGAGAACUGGAAUACGAUAUCGGAGAUCCAAACGGUUUUCAGAGGGAAGGAUUUACCCCGAUGAACAUUGCUAGCAAAAAUGGUCAACGAUCCAGCUCAUACAUAGAGUAUGUGAAACCACACGAACAAACAAGAAGUACACUGACUGUGCUGCGUUAUUCGACUGUUUCCGAGAUUCUACUCGACGAAGACAAAAAAGCUUACGGAGUUGCCUACUCCAGACAUGGAUUCCCACAGAUUGCCCAUGCUGAAAAGGAAAUUAUCCUCAGUGCGGGAGUGUUUUCUUCACCUCUCCUGUUGAUGAAAUCUGGCAUCGGUCCCGAAGACGUUUUGAAUGCUGCAGAAAUUCCAGUCAAAGUGCCAUUCGAAGCAGUGGGAAAAAAUCUUGGCGAGCAUCCGUCAUUCAUUAUGACCGGAUUUACAGUCAACGAUACGUCUCUGUUUCCUGACAUUCGAAGCGAAGAUGUGGAGAAAAUCUUAGCAGAAUACGAAAAGGGUGAUGGAGUCCUGUCCUAUGUGUCGGAAGGUCCACAAGCCUUCAUUCGGUCCUCGGUCGCAGAGCCGGAAUGGCCAGAUCUAUGGAUUGAGAUGCAUCCACUUGUUAGCAUUAAUGGCGCCGAACAGCGAAUCAAUUUCUACAACGUAGUUGGACGGCCGAGAAGCCGAGGUACAUUUUCCAUGGAUGCUGCAAAGUAUAGGGCCGGAAUUAGGAACGACGUUGAGUUGGCGCUAAUCGAUUACCAAUUUUUAACGCAUCCUGACGACGUUACUGCUCUGAUGGAUGGCGUAAGAUUUAUUUUCAGAAUCGUUGAGACUGAGGCCUUCAGACGUAUAAAUUUGACUUACUCUGCACCGGUCGACCCGGCAUGCAGCUCAUUCACAUUUAUGUCGGACGAAUAUUGGAACUGUAAAAUGCGACAAGACACUCAGGCUUGGAUUCAUAUGGUAGGGACAUGUAGUUUGGGACCGGAUUCGGACAACUCGAACUCAACGGUCGUCGAUACAAAAUUCAGAGUUCGUGGUGUGUCCAAUUUGAGAAUUGUCGACGCUUCGGUUAUUCCUGAAGUGACAAAUGCCAAUCUAAACGCACCGGUCAUGAUGUUGGCCGAAAAAGCAGCAGAAGAAAUUAUUAAUUUGUAUGGCGCCCAAUCUAGUACGACUCCCACGCCAAGUGAAACAACAACACCAACACCAGCUACUUCUACACCUAGCCCAGUCACAGAUGCGGAUGAUAAUAAUGGAUCACCGAGUGUGAGGAACACAGUCACGCUAACACUGAUUUCUGGUGUUUUAUUUUCUGUAUUUUACUGUUAAAUCGAAAUAAAAAUGAGGCGCACGUUUAGGCGUCACGAAGAAUAUAAA